CAUGUCGACCACGGGUCCCAUAAGUAAUUAUUAUGUGGACUCCUUGAUCAACCAUGAGAACGAGGAUGUCCUUGCUGCAGCUCGGUUCUCGGCUCCCGGUUCGCACCCAGCCGGCCCUCGUCCGACGUCCCUAGUACCGGAGUGUGCCGACUAUCCUUCCUGCAGCUUCGCACCCAAGCCACCCGUCUUCUCCACCUCCUGGACCCCUGUACACUCCCAGUCAUCAGUGGUUUACCAUCCAUACAGUCACCAACCUCACUUAGGCACAGACUCGAGGUAUAUGCGGUCAUGGCUGGAGCCGAUUUCAGGCGCCGUGCCUUUCCAUGGCUAUCCGGGGAACAGCAGGCACUAUGGGCUGAAGCCCGACGCCUUUCAGGAGCACAGAGCCGCCGAGUGUCUCGGCUCCAGCGGACGGACCUACACGGAUUAUCUGUACUGCUCAUCUACUGACAUGCGAGACAAGACGCAGCAGAAUAUCCCCUCUCCCGAGUCGGAGCUCCUGGCUUCAGGGAAACAUAAAGACGAGAAGCCGGAGCUAGAUCCGAAUAAUCCUGUGGCAAAUUGGAUACACGCCCGCUCCACGAGGAAGAAACGAUGCCCUUACACAAAGUACCAGACUCUCGAACUGGAAAAGGAGUUUUUGUUCAAUAUGUACCUAACUAGAGACCGCCGAUUCGAGGUCGCGAGGGUCCUGAAUCUGACCGAGAGGCAGGUCAAAAUCUGGUUUCAGAACCGGCGAAUGAAGAUGAAGAAAAUGAACAAAGAAAAGACCGACAGCAAAGAACAAUAAUGUGGACUGCAGUCAGAGAAACAAAACCAUAAUAACCACUAGUCACAUUGGACAGCACAGAUGUACCAAAACACACGAUGAUGCCCCCCUCUCCUCUUCAUAUUUAUCACUUUGUUGGAUUUUUGUAUUAACCUUAACUUCGAGACUGUUUGAUGCUGACUAUGUUAUUUUCCAGUGCACAUUUAUGUCUCCAACCUUAAGGGAAAAAAGAGAGGAAAGAAAAAAACAAACUUCUAAGGAGAUAAUUACAUUCUGCUUUCACUUCGAAAUACCUUUGUUUUUUUUGUAAGAGAAAUUAUACAAGUGCAGUUUUGGACACGUUAAAACUGUCUGAAGAAAGAGAAUACUUGAAUUCUUUUGAAUUUCACAAACCCAUAAUUUAUGAUGUGAAUGUUUUAUCUUUCAUGUUUUAUUUCCUUUGUACGUUGUUGUGCAGGUGUAGUAUUUUGUACAGAAACAGAACAUCUGCGAUCGGACUCGUCUGUCUUGUAUUUUUGUGAUAGUUGUUGCUGUAUUUGUGCAUCUCUCCCUUUUUUUGAUUGUAGCCUUUAACUAUAGAGUGUAGAUAUAGACCUCUGCAAAUAUAAACAUAAUCACUAAGUGCUUGUAUGCUGUAUUCAUUGUGACUCAACGUGGGGAUCAUGUUUGCGACCAUUUAGUAAUUAGCACAUGGCUGACGGCAGGGCCUAACAAACACAAUCCCAUUCAAUAUCAGCUCAACUAAUUUCUCCAUAAAAACGGCAGAAAAUAGUGUUACCGAAUCAUUACUGGGCGAGCUACAUGUUGCAAACACAUGGAUGUUUUCUAAAUAAUUUUGCCUCCACAAUUCAUCGUCUAACAUGUUUUGCCCGACGAGCAUUCCUCCAAGUACAGCUAAGGCCCAAAUAAGCUCUCCCACCGCAACUAAUGGCGAGGGCGAAAACUAAACGUUGUGAGCGCAAUUAAGGCUUUAGCAAGAAAACAUUGUUGUAAUUUAGCUUUGCAUUGCUUUAAAUUGGGGUCGCACUUAGCCUUCCUUAAGCCUCAGCCACGUACGUUUAGUUGUGCAUAUAUUUAAGGAUAAGUGCGCACACAUUAAAUAAAGGCGCAAAUAGCCGUGGUUGGUGUUUUUAGGGAGAAAAAUGUCAAUUCUCCAAAAACAAUCAGCACAAAAUUCCUGCAAAUAAUCCCUUGUGUGUUUGCGGAAUACUAAUAUGAGUAUCUGCAGUAGUUUAGUUAAUUUAAAUUGUACACAAAUUUUCUUUUAAGAGCUAAAAAACAAAAAAAGCCUGAGGCAUGUGCGAUUUUUGUUUUAUUGCUCCCUGUCCAUGCCCCAUAUGUGUUGUCAGUAAACAGGUUUGCGCAGUGGUCACAUUUCCAAUUACGUAUUUCUUUAUAAAUAUUAACCACUGCUAUUUUUCCUUAAUUAAUUACCUUCUAAAUAAACUUGUAGAUUGCUAGUUUUAUGCGAUCGCCGUGCAGGCCCGCAGGCGAUCAGAAAAUGAGCCUACAUUUUGAACAUUUGAGUUUUAGAGUGAGAGACAAUUUCCCAAGUCUCGCAUUUGUUUCCUGAGAUAGGCCCUAAAUUGCCUUUUUGUGGUGGCAAACAAUGCGGACAGGAUGCUGUAAUUUCAAAGCCUAAUCCAGUGCAUUUCCGCUCAGCUCGGACAAAAAUGCCAGUUUUACAGCCCCUGUUGGAGCUCGGCUGUUUGUCUCAAAUGCAGACGAACAAAGCAAACUCGACUAACUGGCUAGACGUCUGGGCUAAAUUACUUUAUGGUUUUAAUGGACGGUGGUGGUGGACUCCUUCAAAGGAGAGUCAUGCGCACCGUGCAGGGGACUUUUGCCUGAUGGGCCAGCCGCAACUCCCCCGCACUUCAUCACAAGAGUGCUCUAUUAGCCUACAAUUAGAUGGGAAAAAGUCAAUACUUAUUGUGCAUAAAUAUGAGUGCUGCAGAGCACACAGUUAUCUCUUAUAUAAGAGCAGGUAGCAGCCAUAACAGGAAAAAGAUCCAGCACAACUAUUUCAAGCAGGCUGUAAAACUCCAGACUGGAGGCAUGUAGUUACAAUGAAAAGCUUCUUUAAAUCUUUUUUUAUUUAAGGUAAAGUCGUGAUACAUACAAGGCUUUGGACAAAUGGGGAGACCCUAUGUGUCCACACCACAGUUGUCUCUGAUUGGUGGAUUCAUUCAGGUUUAGGAGCACAUGUGAACACUAGAUGACGCUGUUGGUCCAUGUUUUGAGCAAGGUCUGUGUGUUGAAGGGCUUCUUAACAGCUCUGUGGCUUGGCUGAAAAAUGAAGAGUAACCUAUCGAUGACAAAAUGACAGAUAUGGUCACCCACCGCAUUUUGUGUAAUAGGCCACAGAGCAGCACCCAGGAAUGCAGCAGAGCUGGUUGUUGUGUGGGGAACAGAGUGUGUGCAUAAACACUUGUUUUGCAGUUUUUAUUUUAAUUAUUAUAUUUAGUUUACUCAUAACUUGUCAGUUAGAUUUUUAUUUCCGUUUUUGGCAUUUUUUUGGUUUUAAAAAACUUGUCCAAUAUCCAUGAAUUCUUGAGUUAAUUGGACUAUUGUGGUAUUUAAUUUGUUUCCUAUAUUAUGUGCUCAUUAAAAAUAGGUUAAUUUUGCUUAGACAGACUUUAAUUUUGAUAAAGGGCAGUAAUAUCUAUUUAGAUGGAAUAAUAUGGCAUUAUGUGUUUGAACUCUGUGUCUGAAUUUUUGUUUGUAUUUGUUGUUUUUUAUUUUUCAUGGUGUAAAUUAAAAAC